AUGGUGAGAACUCGUGGUGUUUCCUCCAAGAAGAUCCCUGUUUCUCAAUCCCGAAAGGUGCCAUCUCCUUCGCCUCCUCCGUCUGUGUCAACGGCGCCUCUUUCUGUUCCAGCGGCUCCCACAUCUGUUGGGAAGUCCUGCAAAUCCAAGGCUCGCAAGAAGGUGUUUUCGCUCUCUCAUGAACACCCUAUGGUGUUUCCAGAUAUCUCUGCUGACAUUGUUGCACCACCAUCUGAAGUGGUGGUGCCCUCUCGAGCCAAGGACCAUUCUUCUCUUCCUUUUGAUUCGUCUUUGGAGGCUAGGGCAAAAUCGAAAUCUGUUUCAUCCUCUUCCAAAGCGGCUGCUGCUGGGUUGCUCAAAUUGCCCUUGAAGCUGAGUCAGUCCAAGAAAAAUUCUGUGACCCCCAAAAGGAAACUGGGGUUGGACGCGUCUCUUUCUCCCUUGUCUGCUGCCAAGAAAAAAUUGAAGGCUCAUCCUCCUUCCCUGCCUUCCUCCGAAUCUGAUCCUGGGGAAGAAAAUGAUAAUGCACGUGAUAUGGUUCUAUAUGCUCAAAGGAAAUUUAUCAUUGAAAGAAAUUAUGUCUUGAGUGAUCAUCGUCCUUUUGGUGUGCUAACAAUGCUUCAAGGUCGACAAUGGACAUGUUCUUUGGUUAAAUUUUCUGGUUUUGUGGAUAGAAUAGUCAUUGAAUUCUAUGCCAAUCUUACUAAUGAAAUUAUUGAACCUUCAUCUCCUCUGUUUAAUAAAGUGUUUGUUAGGGGCCAUUGGUUCUCUUUUUCUCCUCAAGACAUUGCUCUUGCUUUGCAUCUUCCCCUUACUGUCGAGGAUGAUGUUGAUGGUGCCUCUCUUGACAAGGACAUGGUUAUCACUGAAUUGGUAGGUCAAAAAAUGGUAUGGCCAUCUAAUACAGUCAUCUCGGUCUCCAAUCUCACCUACACUUAUGCUGUCCUCCAUAAGUUUGCCACAACAAAUUGGAAGCCCACUUCUCACACGGCCACUAUCUCUUUUGAUAUGGCAUCAUUUUUGUACAAGGUGGGGACCGGUCUUGGUAUAAAUCUGGCUUCGGUUAUUCAUGAUCAAAUUAUUGGGUUUCGCAAAGGUAACAGGAAAAACUUGAAUCUUCCUUUUCCUCAAGUCAUUUAUAAAGUGUUGAGUAUGCAGAAAAAAGAUCUCCAACGUGAUCAAGAAGACUUGGUGGCACCCACUACUGCUGCUUCCUACAAGGCCUUUGCCCCUCCUACUGAAGCCACUGUUGCUCCGUCCUCCAAGAAAGUCAAGCCCCAAUCUCUGAAGAUUGCCUCGGAUGACAUUCCUCAUGCCUCCUCCUCUGUUGCCACAGAUUCAGGACUUGUUGCCACAGAAAUAGCUGCUGUUCGAGCCUUUGUUGAUUCUUUGACUGCUCGAGUGAUGUCAAUUGAAGGACUGCAACGUUCUGUGUUGGAGGCUGUUCAAUCUCUGUCCAAAGAUCCCGUUGUUUAG